AUGCCUGCAGCUCUUUGCGCACCUGUGAGUGUACUUACACUAUACACAUAUAGAAGGUGCGUAGCAGUAGCAGGGAUGGAGACGACGACACGGGAGCGCCAUGCUGUGUCACAACAUUCAGGUGAUGAGAGGACUGCCAAGAGCCAAAGAGUCAAUUCAGAUCCUUUCAGUUCUUUGAACAAGGGUUCGCAGGAAGGUGGAACAAUGGCGCAACCCUUAAAGAUCUCUGACUGGGAGCGCGAUCUCUUGGGAUCAUUGUUGACCACUGACCUUUGUGAAAGGAAUCACUGUGCAUUCCAUCGCGUACAGACGCCCUUGGUCAUAAAUGAAGAACUUUGCUGGAUUCCAGCGCUUGGAGGGGACCUUGGAUAUGGACUGGUGCUGACAAGAGCUCACAAGCAUUCCUUUGCCGACUACUACCGCUCAAGGACAUCCCGCAAGGAGGACAAUGAAUGGAUUGAGGCUUGCAGGCUUCUUACCCAACAAACCUUCGGUGGACGAGCGCUGCUGGCUGAACAUGGUGGGGCUGCAGAUGAUGACAAGGGGUGCUCCUGUGUAAACCAUGCCCACCUGCACAUCUUUCCUCUCGCUUUGCAAGAUGCAGACCGCGUUGAAGGUCAGGUUCUCAAGUACUUUUACACUCGUGCUGGUGCUGCUGAUAUGAUCUUGCAGUCGUGGGAGGACUUGGCAUCCCUGCCAAGCUGUGCCUACAAUGCACUUUCCUUUCAGCCAGGAAAGCUGCUGGUGUGGACUGAUCCAGCAAAGGUGAGGCUUUUGCCAUCCCAAUUUGUCCGCAGGGCUUUAAACGAUGCCAGAGGCUGGCCCGUGCCAGAGUUUGACUGGCGAGCGUUUCCCAAGCUGAACAACCAUAUUGAGACGGCCAACAAGCUCAGAUGGGCUGGGCAGUUUGUUGAGCGCACGGCUAGUGUGCUGUUGGACGGCAAGAGGACUUGUCGACCUUUUUGUUCGCAAGCUGCCAUUACUGAUCGAUCACCGGCCCUGUGCAAUGCAGAGACGCCUGCCUUCAAGAUCUUCAAGGAUCCGAAGGUGACAGAUGCGCCGGUUUAUCGCGAUGGCAAUGCAACAACUCCAAUUGAUCCGCGAGUGCUGCAAAGUAUGGUGGCCUAUGACGAGCAUCAUUUUGGGAACGCGAGCUCCGCGCACACACACGGCAGCGCCGCGGAGGUGGCCCUUCGCGACGCCAGGCAGAAGGUGGCGCUGCUAGUGGGAGCAGAUCCAUCCCAGGUCAUCUUUGUAUCCGGGGCCACAGAGGCUCGAACACAAGUGUGUUCUGGAAGCUUGCCGCAGAGUGGAACAGAUUGA